AAGCGUUCUGUGUUUGCCCGUGCGCGGCUGCUUAGCUUCCGCCUGACCUCACCGACGUCCUCCGAGGGACUACACUCGUCCUCAUCUGUCGUAUAAAACGCGCUCGACUCGAUGCCUGGAGUUCGCAAUCAACCAGAACCACCCGCUUGUCUGCACCGCUGUCAUGGCCCACGUACAGGCGAAGAAGUCGCAUACAAGUGAGCAUCAGAGCAUACAAGAUAUAGAGCAAGCUGCAGUACCUACGUCAGAAAAGUCUGUCGCACCCAGUGAAGACGACGCGCCCUACGACAAGCCCGUCGACUGGACAUUCUGGAAAAAGUUUCGGGUCAAUGCUAUCUUGUGCUUUGCAACACUGUCCCUGACUUAUUCCUCAUCCGCCUUUGCGUCUUCAGUCCCCGAUGUCGAGCUACACUUUCGAGUCAGUAGAGUCGUUGCGAUCCUACCCAUCUCGCUCUUCGUUCUGGGCUUCGCAGUCGGCCCGCUACUGUUUGGACCCCUCUCCAAUGUCUUCGGCAGAAGACCUGUCUACGUUUGGUCGUAUUUGCUCUUCACGAUCUGCCAAAUUGGCGCCGCGCUCUCGCCUAAUAUCGGAUGUCUGAUUGCGUUGCGCUUCUUGUCGGGCGUCUUUGGCUGUUCAUCACUCAACAAUGUGUCCGUUUCCGUAGCGGAGUUCACUGAACCACGUGAACGUCUUCGCUGGCUGAUCUGGUACGGCUUUUUCGCUUUCGGUGGGCCCGUGGCCGGUCCUCUCUGCGGUAAUUUCAUCGCCGUCAAAACUAGGCCUAUUCCUGGUACUUCGAACGCGCUCGACAGUGGACCUCGUGCAAGCUGGCGAUGGAAUUUCUGGAUUAUGGCAAUGUCGUCGGCCUUGGCGUUCAUCUUGCUUGUGGUGGAGUCUCCAGAGACCUGCGGUCCCAUACUGCAACAGCGGGCAAACGUCAAGCGAGCCACUGAAGAAGGUAGAGAGAUUCCGCGAGAGUCAGCAGGGCACUACAUCAACCGUGUGCGCAAUCUCAUCUUGCAUGCCAUGCUCAUGCCCGUCAAGCUUGCGGUAUGCGAGCCACUCAUACUCGCCUGCUCAUUCUUCUUUUCACUCCUCUAUGGCAUCAUUUAUGGCCUUUUCGCAGGCUUGCCAUACGUCUUCGAGGUCACCCACGGUUGGAAGCAGGACAUUGCAGGUCUGCCCUACAUUGCGCUCGGUAUAGGCUUUCUGGCCGGCGCGCUUGCCAUCAGAAUCCCGGGAGAGAUUAUGUUCGGACGUGAAGUCAAGCGAGUCGGAGGCCCGCCUCCGCCGGAGGCUAGGCUGAAGAUACUCACUUAUGUCGUCCCAUUGACUCCGAUCAGCCUCUUCAUUUUCGGCUUCACAACCUACACAAACAUACACUGGUUUCCGAUGAUGAUCGGUCUGGCCUUGUUUUCGUUCAGCACGAUCAUCGUAUUCGUGAGCCUGAUCCCGUAUCUGCUCGCUUCGUAUCAAUCCAACGCUGCAGAUGCACUCGCAAUCGCGACAUUCUCGCGAUCCUGCUUCGCAGCAGCCUUCCCACUGUUCAUGUUCCAAGCCUUCGAAACUCUCUCUCCUGCAGGUGCAUGCGGCCUUCUGGCCGGCGUGUCUAUUGUGCUCGUGCCACUGCCCUGGCUUCUCAUGGCUAGAGGACCUGCCAUUCGUGCACGUUCGCGCUACGCUGUCGGCUGAUCAUUGCAUGAUGUAUACUUCUUCG